ACAGCCGCGCAUUUAUGCGAGGUGCAAAGAGUGAGUCGCAGGUGGUGGUGACUUGAGUGGAUGCACCCCCAACGCACUGGCCUACGGCCACCAACACAUGCGCAGCUGCGGCCCGCACUGUGGCACCGCCACCGAGGAAGCAACUUCUUGGUGGCUUCCUUUCCUGGUUUCGGCCUCAGCCUAAACUAAAGACAGACAAGGAAGGGUAAAAGAGAAUCCCCCACCUUGCACUGGCUUCCACGUCCUCCUCGUGCAGUGUUCUCCUCCUACCCGCCUGGUUUCCGGGUCUUCCGCUUGGGACACGGCUACCGCCGUCCAUGAGGAAGGUGAAGUCGGAGUCGUGGCUGGGCCGCAUGGGGCUCGUGCGAGAUGGCGGGCGAAAGAAGGGCGGCGCGGGCGGGGGGGAGAAGGCAGCCGCCACUGUCGGCGUGCUGGCCUUCGAGGUUGCGCGGUUCAUGUCCAAGGCCGUCCAGCUCUGGCACGCCCUGGCCGACGACCGCGUCGCCCGCCUGCGCGAUGAGGUCCUCCGCCUCGAGGGCGUCCGCAAGCUCGUCUCCGACGACGACGGCUUCCUCCUCGCCCUGGCACUCGCCGAGACGACCGACGCCCUCGGGUCCCUGGCCCGCGCCGUGGCCGGACUCGGCCGGCGGUGCUCCGACCCAGCGCUGCAGCGGUUCGACGCCGCGUUCGCGGAUCUGGUCAAGACCGGCGCCGACCCCCACGGGUUCGAGUACGCGGGGCGGAAGAUGGAGCGCAAGGUCAAGAAGAUGGAGCGGUUUGUCGCCGCGGGCGCCGACCUGUACCACGAGCUCGAGGUGCUGGCGGAGCUGGAGCAGGGGCUGCUCCGGUUGCUGGCCAACCCCGACGCCGGCGGCCGCCACCAGGCCAGCGUCGCCGAUUUCAAGCACAAGGUCAUGUGGCAGCGGCAGCAAGUGAAGUACCUGCGCGAGGCCUCGCUGUGGGUCAGGACCUACGACUACGCCGUCCGCCUGCUGAGCCGAUCCCUGUUCUCGAUCGUCGGAAGGAUCAGGCAAGUCUUCGGAUUCCCGACGAAGACAGAAGCCACCGGGUGGUCCGGCGGCCGCCGAAAGCCCGCCGCCCGGCUCUCCCGCAGCCACUCCAUCGCCGGCCUGAUGCCCUCCCCCGGCCACUCAUCCGACGGCAACAUGGUCCGCCUGUUCGCCUCCGGGCCGCACGCUGCCCCUCAGCACGAAACCAGAUCCGGGCCUAUAGCUACCAACAGCGGAGCAUUGGCCGGGCAGUGUCCACCUCCCAGGAUCGGCCUGCCUCCUCCCGCUCGAAAGCGCCAUAAUUCUCGAACCAAGUGGCCGGUCGGCGGCAGAACAUUCGGUGGGUGUAUGGUCGGUGGCAAUGAGCCAGCAGUCCUGCAGAGCUGCAUCCCCAUGGACACCGCCCUCCGGAAGCCAAAUGUGACGCCAUUGACUCCUCCCGGAGCUGAUGCUGCAAGCCCUGAGACCAGCGUAAACAUGUUCGACAUGAUCGAACCCAGGUUCCAGUUGCUGAAUGCUCCAGCCACCACCCUCGGCGCCGCAGCUCUAGCUCUGCACUACGCCAACGUGAUCAUCGUCAUCGAGAAGCUUGCGGCCUCCCCCCAUUUGAUCGGCCCCGACGCCAGAGAUGACCUCUACAGCAUGCUAACCACAAGCAUAAAAGCAGCCCUCAGAGCGAGGCUGAAAUCGUACGCCAAGAACUUGGCUUCAUCCAUUUACGAUCCAGUUCUUGCAGCAGAGUGGAGUGCGGCGGUGACAAGGAUACUGGACUGGCUGGCACCGCUCGCCCAUAACAUGAUCCGAUGGCAAUCCGAGAGGAACUUCGAGCAGCAGAGCUUGGUCUCCAACUCUAACGUUCUUCUGCUGCAGACGCUCUAUUUUGCGGACCAAAGGAAGGCGGAGGACGCCAUUACUGAGCUGCUCGUUGGUUUGAACUACUUGUGGAGAUACGGAAGAGAAUUGAAUGCGAAAGCCAUGUUGGAGUGCGUCAGCAGCAGAAACUUCGAUGACUGUCUGCAGAUACAGGUCGAUGCCGAUGUCCACGCUUGUCCAGCAAUCCAAGACACUGCUUAACCAAAGGAAGGGGCUUUGGAUUUGCUCUCUGCAAAGCUUGUUCGACCGGUGCAGGUCAUCACAUCACAUCGACAUAUGUUGAUGGACAUGAACAUAGGCCUCUCUUGUCAAGCUCGUAUGCCAUGCGAAUAGGCAUUUCCAUGUCCUUUCCGAAGGUGUAAACUACGGCGAUGACGAUGAAACCUUUUGUGAAUUUGUUCGAUAUUAUAGGAAAAUUACUCUUUUGGUUUA